GUCGGGUUAAGGGACGCCAUUUCUUCCGUGUGGGAUCUAUGGGGCGUGGGAGACGGAGAAAAGCCGCCUCCGAUGGCCGAUUUCAAGCGCUGGAAAGAGCAACGGCUGUUGCGCGCGGAUGGGAGCCGGAAGGGCAGCGUGGACGAGCCCAUCGAGGGGAUUGUGAGGCUUCUCAAUGAACACGAUAGUUUCUGCACUACCAGCUCGUGCUCGGGCCGCAUGGUAGUCAUGGAACAGCCGUCUCUGCCUCCCCCCGCCGAGGCUACCACUGGCUUUGAGAUACAAAAGCAAAAUUGUACCUGGCUUAUGGUGACUCAUCAAACCUGUGCAAUAGAAGAUGUGCUUACAGCCUUGAAGAGAGCAACAGAUGAUGCCAUAUUCAAAUUUGAACCAUUUGUUCUUCAUGUGCAGUGUCAAGACUUACAAGAUGCACAACUUCUGCACAUGGUGGCAAUAGAAGCUGGAUUCAGGAACUCUGGUAUAACCGUUGGUCGUAAAGGAAAAAUUAUGAUGGCUGUCCGUAGCACCCAUUGCUUAGAAGUUCCACUAAGCCAGAAAGGAAAAUUGAUGGUCAGUGAAGAAUAUGUGGACUUUGUGAUACAAGUUGCAAAUCAAAAGAUGGACGAAAACAGGAGGAGAAUUGACAGAUUUUACACCUCUCUGCAGUUUGCAUUGGAAAACAGAGACCAUUCUAGUAGUUCACCUUUGAAGGAGAAAGAGAAGAAUAGUUCUGUGGACUCUUACAGAAGAAGAAGGAAUUUGAAAGGAAUGCAAAAAGAUGGCAAAUGUCCUUCUCCAGAGGUAAACAGUGAAGAUGAGAUGGAAAACAAUCUUAACAUUUUUCAAUGAAAUAUGCUGCAAGUAGGAUUAUGUGAAGUAGGUAUAUCCACAUUAUGUUUGUAUAAUGUUUAAUUUUCCACUGCUCUUUGUGAGAGCUUUGCAGUUUGAGUUUUUAAAAGUAGCUGUUCUUAAUACAGUUUACUGUAGGUAUUAAGUUACUAGUAAAGUAAUAAAGUGCCACCAAAUGUGGGCAAACAAGAAAAAUUCCUUGGACUUUUUUUAACAGUGAAGAUUUUCAAUCUGUGACCUUGAAUAAAGAAUAUUUUAACUGUAUGUAAACUUCACCACAAUAAAAUAUAGUUUUGCUCUAUUUGUUUUUCCUGUUUAAAAACACUAUAUUAAAAGUUAAAUGCUGUUCUAAAAACACUAAAUUCACCUCUGCUAUUAAAAAUCCUUCUUUCUUCCUACUUCACUUAGUAGGGAUAAUUGAGACCAUAAGGCCACUUCUGAGAGGAAAAGCUUUUGAAUGUUUGGAAGAAGAAAAUAAGCAUGAAACAAAUCCAUCAUUGAUUAAGCUACUAAAAUAAAUAAUUGUAACAAGUAUUAACCUUUGCCACUGUUAAUAAUCAUUUGGAGACCUUUUGCUCCUUCUUCCUUUAGAAGAGUGAACAUUUUAAAAGAAAUCCAGAACCCUAAAAACAGAUACCCACAUUAUCCAGUGAACACAUCUUUCUUCAGUUCUUAGAGAGAAGAGAUUCUUACUGAAGACUUACAAGUUCCUGAAACUAUCAUGCUCAUUGCUUUAAAAGUUAUACAUGGAUUUGUUUGCCUAUAAUUUUAAUCAACAAAGAGGAAAUGUUUCAUUUCUAGCCUACUAACAGUUGCUGCUUUUUAAGAGUAGAGCCGUAUCCAGAAGUCAUUACAAGAAUAGCCCCACUGGAAUCAGUGAAUCUUAAGGUAGCCUUUUUAAGUCUUGCUCAUUUCUGGAUCCAACCUUUUGUAUGUUGUUUUUAAGGAAUCCUUUUCACUGGCUAAGAUUUCUAGCCAACUUCAGUAAUCAAAGCCAUGAUGUCACCUCUGCAAAAAGUAUGCCUUGUAUUGCAGGAUCCUCUCUGUUUAAGAAGGGAGAUUUAUAAAGUGAUUUGUCUUACUAUUAAUACUUAAGCUAUACUUCCUAGAGCUGUAGAAUACAAAAUGAAUGAGCACUUAAAAGGACAUCAUGCUUUUUCAUAGUGAACUGAAAUGGUAAGUACUUCACUGACAAGAUAGUAUCCAAAAUGGCACUGAAAAAGCAACAGAAGUCUCACUGUGGUUGGGAAACUCCACAUUCUGUAGCAGUACAUUUUUUAAAAAAGAUGGGAGCAACUCCUGAAACAGUUCAAUGAGAAUUGAGUGUGCCCAGAAGCCACAUGAUGUGGAGGGGCCACUACGAAAGGAAAAGGAACAUGGUGUUUGGUUGCAUGGAAAUCUAUACUUUGAGAAAAUGGCGGGCUGGAACAUUGAACUGGAGGAAGGGAAGGAACACCAUAAUAUCUUGUUCCUGUUCAAAUUGUAUAUACAAGUUCUCUAAAAACAAAAUUUAGUGAUGUGACCUGUUGUAGGAGACAAUAUUUAUUUGAAAAUUGAGAUAUACAUAAAUGCAUGAGCAUUUUCUCUGCACUGUGGCUAACACUGACAGCUUGCAAACCCACCUUCUAUAUCAUGGUUGCAAAAUGGAACAUGAUCUUAGCUGUGCUUUGCAUUAACAUUACUUAACUCUUGAUGGCCUAACCAUUUUUUAGGAAGCUAAGUGGCUUUACACCAACACAAGCUAAAGAAAUCUAGACAUUGUCCAAGGUUCUCAGAUAAGGUGUUUUAGAAAUUGAUUUAAGAGCCAGAGUAUAUCUGCAUAUCCCUAAUGUGACUGUUUUUUGAAAAAGGAGUGAGGUAAUAAAGAGUGGAGAGAGAUUGAGAUGCAAUGCAUCAUUACAAAAAGAGUCAUGUUGGAUCCGACAAAGGAUCCAUCUAGUCCAGCACUCAGACAACUAAAUUUCCAUGCAAAGACCACAAGGAGGACAUGGGCAGAACACCAACCUUUCGUUCCUCUACGACUGGCAUGAAGAAGCCUAGUGUCCUUGAUAUGGGAGCUAAUAUAUGGCCAACAUGCCUAGUAGCCACUGAUAGCCUUAUUCUCUAAUUCCCUUUUAAAGCAGCCCAAAUUGGUUGUCAUACUGUGAUAACAAGUUCCACAAUUUAAGUAUACCCAUCUCUCCUUAAUCUCCAUUAAAGAAGUGCUUGCAUCUCUCCUUAAUCUCCCACCAAUCAGCUGCAAGCAUUCUAGUAGUAUGAGUGCUAGCCAAUUUCUCUGUGUCAUGUAUGAUUUUAAACAUCACUGUUAUAUCCUAUCUCCCCUUUCCCUUUUGUCCUAAUUUAAAUAGCCUCAACACCAUUUCCUUUCCUGCUAGAUUUGUUCCAGACCCUUGACCAUUUUGGUUGCCUUUCACUGCAUUUUCAGCACUACAAUAUCUUUUCUGAAGUGCAGUGACCAGAACUGUACACAGCUUUCUAAGAGCAGUUGCACCAUAGUUUUUCGUAAGUGCAGUCUUGGCAUUUUCCCCCUGAACAUGCCUAGCUUAGAAGACCACAGCAAAUGUCAAUAUUUGAUGCCAUAUCCACGUGAAGACCACGCAUUUGUGAAUCCAGUUUUAGACUUUUUAAUAGGUGGACUCUGUGUCAUUACAAAUGCUUGGGUGCCACAGAACUAUGAAAAAUCGCUGCUACAGGUUUGAACAAAUGUAAGUCUAGAAAGACAAACAGUCACAAAUUAGUCUCAAUAUUACAGAUAUACUAUUCAGUAUUAGUCAAACCUAAGUCCUGUUGAUUUUAAUGGAGGUACUUUAAGUAAAGCUAACAUUGGAAUCAACUUGUAAUUCCUAAUAUUUAUCUUGCUAAAUCAGAGCUGGCCUCUUCAGUCAUCAAAGCAUAGUUAGUAUCAGUAAAAUUCAGAUCCUCGAAAGAUGCCUCUCAUAUUACAAACCCUUUUUUUGUACCUAAAUCAUACCCUACUAAGUUGUAACUCCUUCCUUUCCCAUAACUGCAAAUCUCUGUAAAGUUUUGUUUUGUUUUAAACAACCCUGUAUUAUUUAUUGGAACAAACUACAUAAUAAAUGCAAAGCAUGCAGUAUUUGA